GGGGUUUGCGUGAUCGACGCACGUGGCAGACGAGCCGCCGGAGGGAGUCCAUCAUGAACAGUGAUAUGGCGCCUGGAGGCGUUGAUCCUGCUGCUGCUCCUCCGUUUCCCUUUGUUCUUGCUGCAGAUCAUCGCAGAUGCAAUGUCCUUAUCACGAACGCCGCCUGCAGCCUCCCCCGCUUGGCGAACAUACCGCCCUCCCCGUCCCCCUCCGUACUCCCGCCCGUGCUCGCACGUAAUCCCUGUAUUUCAGAGCCCGACAUAACCAAAAGAGACGAGUCGGCUCGCGUGGAGCCAAGCUCGAACUUGUCUUCCGGCCCGAUGGCCAAUUCGCCCGCCUCUGCUUCUUUUCUUCUUCUUACAGGGACGGAAGAAGCGCACCAUUGCGGAUGCGGGCUCGCACGCUUGCGCAUUCGAAAAUCGCGAUACGAUAACUCAUGUUCCUUCAGCAGGAAAAUUUCUGGCUGUUUGGGGUCUCGAGCGCGAGACGAAUGCACAGCUGCGACUGGACAUCGCAACAACCACCCUCCCCUCGUCGCCAGACCAAUUGAAUUCUGUGGGGCACACAGGUACCAUGGGAUCCGGAUGCGUCUGUCUUGCCGCAAGUGCGCGCUUCCCCAUACCGCAUGUGAAUAGCUCAAGCCCAGGCAACGGCCUGUGGGAGCUCCCCCGGCAAUAAACCCCGUCUUUUUGGAGACGAAUUGGCAACUUGUCGCAAUCCGCCGUGCGGCUAGCGAGCCUCGACACGUCGUGGCAGCCUGGUGGAUAUCCCUGGACGACGACGCGUCCCAGGAAGCCCUCCAGCGUGUCCCCGAUCGCGUUCAGGCUGGCGCUGGACCCUCGCGCUCGCUGGCCUUGUGCCGAUAUUGUACUGGGCUCGCGUCAUGCGCGUCAUUAAGCAUCGUGGGAACCGUUGCUGGCUCGCGCUCUCUUGAAUAAC